AUGUUAUUUCUAGACUCUCCAAGACUUUAUGUGAACUCUCAGAUUGUGACUGGAUCUGAGAAUGGCAGCGUUACCAUCACCUGCUACCAUCAGGGUGCACAAUAUGGUGUAAAAUGGUGUAAGUUUGGAGAUCAGUGCAUUACAGGAGCAUCUGGGACGUUAGCUGGAGCCUCAGUUAAGAUCAGACAUGGUCUGAGAAACACGACUGUAAGCAUGAGCCUGCUGAAGAAGGAGAACACGGGAUGGUACUGGUGCUCGACAGAAGAUCUGCAGAUGCCUGUUCAAAUCACUGUCCAUCAGAAGGAGAGCAGUAAGACUCCAACUACAACAGAGUCUGGUCAGUUCUCACCUAGCACUCGCAAAAGGACAGCUAUUUUCUUUCUGCUGCCUGUGAUUUUGGAAAUUCUCCUGCUCAUAUUCAUUUACUUGGCACUGAAACUGGCUAGGUUUUGCAAAAGAAGAUUCUUCCAGUCUGUGAAUGAAGCAGAGGGAGGUCAUUAUGUGACGAUGCACAGGGAACAGUCAUCGCGUUCAAAUGGCUGUUCUGCUGCUGAAGGAGUGUAUGAAAAUAUGGCUGAACUCAAAACAAUCAGUGAGGUGUGCAUAUCAAGGAUUUCCCUUUAUCUUCUGCCUUUCAUACUAUAGUAAAACACUGCUGAA